CAGAAGCUUCCCCGUCCCCUGCCCGCCCCACUGCCCGGUGGGGCCGGGGGCGCCGAGGAGGGCAGGGCCGCGCUGGCCGCUCGCCCGCGUAGCUCCCUGUGCCUGUGCGGGGACCUAAUAAAGCUAUUUUGAAAGUGACCCCUGGUCCAGAGCGCGGGGAGGGUGCAGCGAGCCGGGUGCAGCUGUCCGGAAUCAUGACUGAAGAUGACGGAUUCCGUGCUGGUGGAGGGUCACGUCAAGUUGAGAGAUGGAAAAAAGUGGAAGAGUAGGUGGCUGGUGCUGCGCAAGCCCUCCCCGGUGGCAGUUUUGCUUCUUUUAGACUGUUUGCUCAUGCUUGUGUACAAGGAUAAAUCUGAACGAGCAAAAGGGCAUAAGGAGAGGAGCAGCAUGACCUUAGAAGACAUCUGUGGCUUGGAUCCUGGGCUACCCUAUGAGGGCUUGAAUCACACGCUUGCAAUCAUCUGUCUCUCUCAAGUUGUGAUGCUGGGAUUUGAGAACAAGGAAACAAUGUAUGCGUGGGAUGUACGAAUCCGCUACAGUUUGGGGGAAGUUCAUAGAUUUCAAGUUUUUGUAGCACCUGGCACUAAACUAGAGAGUGGGCCUGCUACCCUGCAUUUCUGCAAUGACAUUCUCGUCCUUGUAAAAGACGUUCCUCCUAGUGUCAUGGGCCAAUGGAAGCUUUCAGAUCUGCGUCGGUAUGGAGCUGUCCCAAAUGGAUUCAUCUUUGAAGGGGGUACCAGGUGCGGCUUCUGGGCUGGUGUAUUUUUCCUUUCUUGUGCUGAAGGAGAGCAGAUCAGCUUUCUGUUCGACUGUAUCGUCCGUGGCAUCUCCCCGACGAAGGGCCCUUUUGGUUUGCGUCCAGUCCUACCAGAUCCAAGUCCAAAUCCAGCCUAUUCAGAAGAAAGAUUGGCUCAUGAAGCUUUGCAAUUAGAAAAGCGCUUGAGCUUGCUGUCCCAUACAAGUCGCCAGGGCAGUGGAGGAGAUGAGAGAAGUCUGUCAAGCUCAUCUUCAGAUACCAGCCACUCGGAUGUCAGUGUUGGGAGCAGGCUGACAAUUUGGCCUGAGCAGUCUUCAGCCAGCACUUCUCAAGAGAGCCAUGGACUGGCAGCUGCAAAGGGCAUUCACCUUGGGGAAGAAAAGACCCUUCCAGAAGGGGCACGUGGCACCACUAAACCACCUCCAAAGCCCCUCCGAUCCAGACAGCUACAGGAAAUAGGUCGCCAGAGUUCUUCUGACAGUGGGAUAGCUACUGGUAGUCACUCUUCUUAUUCUGGAAGCUUCUCCUCCUAUGCUGGGAGCUUGGACAUUUGCCAUGGUGAUGAGUUUGGAUCAUUGCUAAGCUUGCCUUUGAACUUUCCUUCGGAUCAGAGUUUAUGUACUUGUCCUCACAGUGAGCCCCAGAGAGGUGCAGGGUCGGAGUAUCAGGUUCCCAGCUCUCUCAGACACACUUAUGAUAUACCCAGGAGUUUGUUGCAGGCAGCUUCCAAAGAUGUACAACCGAAAAGUGCGGAUUCCACGCCAUCCAAGGACCAGGCUCUGUUGUCUCAAGGUGCUAGUGACCCAAAACUGCUACUAUCACACUUGGAAGCACGGAGGAUAUCUGAGCACAGCCAGGACAGAAGGAGGCCUCCAUCCUUACUGGCAGAAAGCAGCAAGGACUUGAGUGAUGAGACCUAUGUGGAUUUUGUCUCGAGGUGGUCAGACACAAAAUCACAAGGCCAGGUGUCAGACUCCAAAAGCAGUGAGCUGUCACCUCCUGGUGGGCCCUCAGCUGACCCCUGUGACACAUGUAGCCCCCACCUCGGGAUGACAAGAGCUCUUUUUUCAGCUUGUCCAAUCUGUGGUGGACUAAAGGGAACAGCAAUAUUGCAGUCUGGAGUCUCACCAGCUACACCAGGUGGUGCUUCUGUCAUGGCAUCUUCUGGGUCUUUGAAAGUGCAUAGAGGGCACAGUCUCCAAGCUGGUCCUAAAGGUGGCUAUGAGAUGCUAACACUUCCUUCAGAACCUGGAACUCCUACUAGCCUUGAGGAACUGGAAGGGGCAGUAGGUUAUUCAGCUGAUGUCCCUACAUCAGAUCGACCCCACAGCGAGGCAGCCACCUAUGUUAAUAUUCCUGUCAGCCCCACUUCCAAAAAACAGCUUCAUUACAUGGAACUGGAACUUCAAGAACAUAGCACAAGCAUAAGAGGGAGUGGAUCAUCCCGAUAUGCACAGAUUGACAUUGCAGCCACCGAGACAGCCCACAAGGUGGGAACACAGCAUGCUCAGUGCCGGGAGGAACGCUUGCAGGAGCUAGAGCAGAAGAAGAAAGGGGCUCAGCAGUGACCUGUCUAGGAAAGGACUUUUUGCUCACCCUAAACUGGUACUAAUUUAUCUUCCAAAAGAUUCACAUUUAUUGUAAAAAAUACUUGUACAAAAUGCUGCCAUUGCUUAUUGCAUUUAUACCAGAUUCAUUCCAAUAUCUUGAUUCCUAAUUGGAAAGCUGGUAGCAUGAAGCAGGUGUGUGGUCUUUGUUUUUGUUUUAAUUUGGUUGCAAAGUCCAGAGUUUAUUUUUUUUUCAUAUGCAGUGACAGAUGUAAAUUACCUUUUUCUAUAAUCCUAAAGUCCUGGAGAAUCUGGAGCCAAUUCCAGUGUUCAUUAAAUGGUGGCAUUUUCUUUAAAACUAAAGAACUUGAAUGUGUGCAGAUAAGGGAAUGUGAGUGUGUGCGUGGUAAGUGUACACAUAUGUAUGUUUUCAUGUGUGCACAUGUAUGUAUGUAAGCACACAUUACUGAUAAAAUAUAUGUAUAUAUUUGAGUGUAUAAAAUAUGUAAAACCUCUAUUAAUAUAUUAAUGGACUCUUACAAAAGCAAGACAACUCAGUGCCUGAUUUUUUGCAGGCACAGUUUUGUUAAAUUUACGUGCUAUUUAUGGACACGCUUAACUUUACCUAUUGGUAAUUCAGUUUUAUACCUCACCAAGAGCUCUGCAGCAUUGACUAAAGUUGCUCACAUUUAAAAGUUGCUGUGUCAGGGAUGCGUGUGUGUAUGCAUACAGACAAGAGCACACACAAACAAGUUGUUUAAUUAUGUUUAUAAACCAAAGCAAUAUGAAGGGACAUUUUGUGUGCUUCUGUUCUUAAAAUACUGUGACAAAACAUAGGCUUUGACUUCAUAGUUGCUGAGUACCUACAAUUCUAGGCAAUUUUCUUGGAGCUGAAGGUGUGUAUCACUUUGAAAAUCAGGUCUCAUGUUUCUCACACAGAAUAUCUCAAAAUGAAGGUAUUCAUUUGGAAAACAGAGUCCUUUAUUUGUAUCUCUAAAACUAUCCCAAUGUAAGCCAUCAUCAAAAGAAAUAAUCCACCUUGAAUCUAAAACUUCCACUGAAUAAUUCUCUGCUGUCCCUAAAUAACAUAAAAUCAGUUCUGUGCAAGAGGAUGGUGUCUUCAGAGAUGCUACAGAACUGAGGCACAGCAGGAUGUUGUGUUGUAAUAUAGAUUUACCCACAAGCCUGUGACAUCUUGCUUUUGUACAGUGAAAUUAUAUGAUUAAAAACUUGACUUAGUUUCUUGUGUUGCAUUGUCUCUGUAGUUCUUGUGUUCUACAUAUUUGUCCUGAUACGAGAUGUUAUUUAAAUAAAAUGCUAUGGCAGAGACACUAGACUAACAAGGCAGUGUACUUACGAAGAAAGCAAAAUUUUGGCCUGCGAUAACAUAUCAGCUUUGGCUUCCAGAAGUUAUGGGAUAUCUUGGGUAUUAUGAUGUUUUGACUGUGUCCUCUUAAGAUACAAUACCACAGCCUGAGUUUGGUUUUGAGAUAUGUGUUAUAAUUUGGCGAGUUUUGUGCCAGUGAGGGUUUUGCUAUAUGAUUUAGAAUGAGAGUGAGGCAGAAUUCAACCUAGAAAUUUAUUUGAAUGUAGCCUCAAUAAUAAUGUAAGAUGCCAGAAAUCUCUCAAAGAAAUAAAAAUGUGUUCCAGA